AUGGAUUCCUCUUCUUUGUUUCCACACACAAAGCAAACCAUUGACACGGAAGACCUUAAUCCGGUUCCAGAGAAAAGGAGAUGGUUUAUGCUUGCAAUUUUCUCAGUAAUAGCAUCCCUCAGUACUUACCAAUGGAUGCAAAUUGGCAUUGUUAUGCCAAGCACAAGGUACUUCUGGAAUGGUUCUCUACCAAGCUCCAAACAGGGACAAGAAGAUGCAAUUUCUUGGCUUUCCAUGAUCUAUAUGCUAAUGUACAUUCCUAUGGUGGUGCCUUGUACAUGGGUACUCAAUCGAUAUGGUCUGCGAGUGGCUCUAAUAACUGGAGCAGGACUCAAUGUCCUUGGAGCUUGUAUAAAGUGUGUUUCCAUGGAGCUGUCGCAGCCCAAUGGUGUUGAAACAGUUGCAGCGCUUUCUUCUUUUCCCAUUCUGAUGUUGGGACAGUGUAUCUGUGCGUUGGCCCAAGUAUUCACUCUGGGAAUGCCUGCUCAACUGGCUGCCACGUGGUUCGGUGAGUCGGAAGUUGCACUGGCCACUUCCAUUGGGGUGUUUUCUAAUCAGUUCGGUUGUGCUAUUGGAUUCGGUUUACCUCCACUCAUGGUGCCCCCUCCGAGAGAGACUGACAAUGACUUCGGGGAACUUUUGUUGGGCUUUCGGACAUUACUGUAUUCUGGAGCAGUAGGAAUGUUGGUGGCAUUCUGUGCGGUAUUUAUCUUUUUCAAAGAGAGACCAAAAACACCACCAAGCCGAGCUCAACUUAAAAGAGUUCCUCAAUUUGAAAUGAUUGACACCGGUGAUGUAAAACUUCGUUCAAAUUCAAACUUAGAUAUCGCAAAUUAUGACAUGACCACAGAGGCAGCAGUAAUGAAACGAAAUUUCUUCCAUCAAGUGUUCUGCUGCUUUAAGAACCUCAGUUUUGUUCUCCUUAUGAUUUGUUACGGUUAG